UAAAGUUGCAGACUACAAAAUUGUAAACAAUAUUUUGGAAGGCAUCUAUUAAAAUUAUGCACGGAAUUCAUUUGAAGGUUAACUGAAUGCUGCAUUUACAAUUAAAGUGACUGAGACCCAGUAUGAAUUCACAAGUACAUACAAAGUUCACUGACCAUUUCAAUGCCAGUUGGAUGAAUGAAGAUUGUGAGAGUAUUUCAUCUAAUUAUGGAUUGGAAGGUUUAUACGAGAGGCUUCAGUCCAACAAAGAAAUCUCUAUACUUCCCAUGCAACCAGUCAGUCUAAAGGGUCCAUCACUACCAGACUUUGAACAUGAUAUGGUUUCACCUGAUGAGCAGGAACAUUUAAUUAAUGCUUUCCUUGGUUGUCAGCGAAAUCUUGCCAGAGUCGUAUGCAAUUCAUCUAGAUUUUUUCAGCAUUUACAGAAAAGACUGAUUGUGCUUCAACGUAUUUAUCAUGCUGUAUAUUGCAAACAACAUCAUAGGCAAUAUAACCAAGGGGUAGAAAAUCAGAAUAUUAAUGACAAAAAGUCAGUCUGUCAAGGUACCAACUUGAACUUCCAAUUUCCACAAGGCAGUGAUGCAUUGAUGGAAUUGGGUAUAAAAACUGGCUUGACUUUGUUGUUUUCUUUGUUAAAACAGAAUUGGUUUUUAGCUGGACAGACAGGACAAUUAUCAUUUUCAAAUGAAAUUCUCCAAACAGCAGUGUCAAUAGUAUCUAGCUUUCCACCGCUUUCCCUUGCAAAUGAAGCUAAGCUUACUCCUUUAGGAAUUGAAUCUCUAAACCAAGUCAACAGUUUUCUCCAUGCAGUUGCAAGUUCUCAGGCUGGUGCGGAUCCAGUAGGUCAAAAAUUAGCAGCAGAACUUAUGAUAUCAUUGGCUGCACAAAGAGGUUCCCUAUGCUAUGCUUUAGAAUGGAUCAACAUGGCUAUGCAUUCUGCAGUUACCAUAGGAACAGAAUCUGGAUCAUCAAGAGGUCGUAUCAGUUGGACAUAUUUCACAAAUACAGUUAAACAAAUGAUAAGAUCUGUGGGAGGUGCAGAGAUGACAGGAGGAGCAUUCACUAGAAAUCCACCACUAGAUAGAGAUAAUCUUGUGUCUUUGUACUUUGCUGCUGUAGUACUUCUUGAGGAGCUGUACAACUUAGCAGCUGAUUAUGCCAGUAACUAUUGUGUCGGACCUGAUGAAAACUCUAACUCCUCAGUCUCUAACAGCAAUACAGGAGUUAGUGGUGGCUGUGAUGUUUAUGUAUGGGGCAGUAACACAAGUGAUCAGCUUGCUGAAGGAAGUCUGGAAAAAAUUCUUACGCCAAAACAGGCUUCUUCAUUUGGGGAAUGUCAGCAGGUUGAAGCUGGACAGUUUUGUUCUUUUAUAAUUCACCCAGAUGGAUCUGUCAGUGCAUGUGGGAAGGGCAGUUAUGGAAGACUAGGACUUGGAGAUUCAAAUAACAGAGCUGUACCUAAAAAGUUAACCUUUGACCCUAAAAGAUGUAUCAAGAGAAUCACGUCAUCUAAAGGAUCUGAUGGUCAUACUCUAUCUUUAACAACAGAAGGGGAUGUUUUCAGCUGGGGAGAUGGUGAUUAUGGAAAAUUAGGUCAUGGAACAAGUUCCACACAGAAAAGCCCAAAAGUUAUUCAAGGCUUGCUGUCAGGAAAGGUUGUGAAGUGUAUAUCAGCUGGAUACAGACACAGUGCUGCCGUUACUGAGGAAGGAGAACUUUAUACAUGGGGAGAAGGAGACUAUGGUAGAUUAGGUCAUGGUGAUAGUAACAGUAAGAAUUUCCCUACUAAAGUUCAGGAUAUAGGACCAGUUGGACAAGUGACAUGUGGUAGUUCACAUACUCUGGCUGUAUCUCAAGAUGGCAAACAUGUCUGGUCAUUUGGAGGUGGUGAUAAUGGUAAGCUAGGACAUGGGGAUACCAAUAGACAAUAUAAACCAAAGAUAAUAGAAGCUUUUGUAGGACUGUACAUUAGGAAGGUGGCCUGUACAAGUCAGUGUUCCAUGGCACUGUCAUCAACAGGACAGUUAUAUACCUGGGGUUGUGGUCCCUGUUUAGGAUGUGGUUCUGCAGAAUUUACAGCUUUGAGACCAAGAAAUGUUGAAGAUUUACAGACAAAAAGAAUUAUUGAUAUUGUUUGUGGAGACAGUCAUUGUUUGGCCUUAUCUCAUGACAAUGAAGUAUAUGCCUGGGGUAAUAAUGCCAUGGGUCAGUGUGGACAAGGUCAUGCGCAAAGUCCACUGACUAGACCAAGGAAAGUGAUAGGACUAGAUGGUGUAAAUAUUCAUCAGAUAUCAGCUGGAACGUCUCACAGUGUAGCAUGGACAUCAUUGCCUAUUGACAGACAUGUUAUACCAUGGCACAGACCAUUCUGUGUAGACUUACAAGAAGCAACUUUUUCUACCAUGAGAUCAUUCCUAGAACAUUUCUGUACAGGAUUUAGUAGUGAUUCACCUCUCCCUCCAUUUCCUACAAAACAAGAACACUAUCACUUUGUAGUGUUAUGCCUAAAGAUGUUAAGUACCCAUCUGUCCUUAGCUGUAGCUGGAGGAAUGACCAAUGUUCUAUUGGGACAGCAAGCUUCACCUCUAAGGAACCUAUUGUUUAGGCUGAUAGAUAGUAACUUACCACAGUCAAUACAUGAGCUUGUUGCAGAAACUCUUUCUGUUGGAGCUCCUCUGCUGCUACCACCUCUUAGAGAAAGAAUGGAACUUCUUCUUUCACUGCUACCCAAAGGACAGGAGAGAUGGACUGAUUUAUCUUUGGGACAGAAAAUGCAGUUGACAAUUAUAUUAAUAAGUCUACAAGACAGUAACCAUAUAGCCACCUUACUUGGUUUUAGUGAUACACAAGAUAUCAGAAUGGGAGGUGGUAGUACUAGCCAGAAAGAACUCUCAGAUUUACAGCUCUCAGAAAUACUUAUGAAGACUGUUCUCAGGAACUUAGCUUAUGAAACAGAGCAGACCCUUGAUGAUUUGGGUAAAAACUUAGAUAAAGCUACAGACAUCCAGUCCUUUGAAUAUAAAUCUCCACCACAUCUACACACUCUACUGUCUGCAUUACAUAAACAUCUCCUAGCUUUCUGUUAUAACAGAUCAUCUGAUCAUCAAGUGAUAUCACCAGUAGUGAAAUUAUUGCACCAACAUUUAUUUCUCAUGUUACCUGUUGUAAAGAACAUCCUGAGUAAAGUAGAACAGCUGAUUUCUGAUAAUAACUUGUCAACCUCGCUCCUAACAACUAUUGAAGAUAUUCUUUAUCAGUCCCCAGCAGGAGCUAUACUAUUUCAUAUGUUACAUGCAUUGUUAUUACUGCCCAUGGAGAAAGUCAGUCCCAUGAUGCAUGAGUUGAUGUCUUUAUUGUCUAAACUGGACCAGAUCUCUAGAAUUCUACCUGAAGUUAAUACUAUAGAAUCAGCAGAAUUAGAAAAUAAAGAUGCAGAAAAAUCAAUGAGUUGGAGUUGGUUUAUUGAUAUGGAGAGAACAUGCUCUACAUUGAUUGGCCAAUGUUUAGGCAGUAUGUUGGUUGGUUGUCCUUUAUCUACACAGGAGAAGAAUUGUUCCUCAUGGUUAGACAAUAUUUUGUUUGGAAAUGGACCACAGCUGACAGCUCUACAACUUGAUAUAUUGAUAAAUAAAAUAGCAGAUAAGUCAGGACAAUCAAUAGACCUUUCUGUUGGAGAUUUUGACCUUGAUCAAGACACCAUGACUUUACUGGAAUUCUGCUGUGAUUUGAAAUCUGAUGUUACUAGUAAUCUCUGGGAGAUGAUGUUAGAUUGUGCUAGUCUAGAAGAUUGGGAUACAUGUGAGUUGGAGAAUGACCCAGAUUUAGACUGUACAUCAAGAUGUUUGUUGGCAGCCUUAUUGAAGCAUUUAGGAUUAACAAAACAUGCCUUGUCACAAAAGAAAGAGCCAUCAAAACAGCUUUUAGGCAUAUUCCACCAUGUAUACAAAGUAAGAAGCAGACUAAGAGCUUUCAUGAGAUCUAAAUCAUCACCAGAGUCGGACCAUUCUGAGGCAGUCACGCCAGAUGAAGUUGAUCCCUCAGUUUAUAAGUUUGAGCAUGUUGAGAAGAAAGAUGAGGAUUCUAAGUACGAUGUUGAGAGAGCUGAGACUGGAGAAAGGAUUGAGGUAGAACAUAAAAGGAAACAGGAGGAGGGGAAAGAAGAUCCAGAAUAUGAACAGUUGUCAGAUGAUGAAGGAACAGUCAAAGAUGCAUUUCCACCACUGAAAGAGACAUCAUUUGAAGAUGUUUGUAGGGAAUAUCAGCAUAGAUGUUUGUUUCUCUUACUUGGUGUCAGACCGGCAGUUACAGAUCCACCAAGUCAACAUUCUAUAAGUGAAAGAAAUGAUAAAACAACAUCUUAUCAUGAAGAAAAUUCAAAGUCAGAAGAAGAAACUACAUUCUUACCAAGAAGAGGAAGUUUUCCAGAUAUUCUCAGCAGAAGUAUCAGUGGACAGUUUCAGGAAGGUAAUAUCAACUUGGAUACAGAUAAUUCUAUGGCAAAUACAAGAGGAAUACAGUUUUUGUCUUUACAAAGAGUUAAGGAGAAUUUGAGAAGGUUAAGAUGGCAGCAAGAGAGACUUGGAGAUGGCCAUUCAUCGGUACAUGUGAGAAAGAGAUCGUUCGCUGGAGAGGUAGCCACCAAUGUAUGUAAGUUUGUAUGUGGAGAGACUGUUAGAGGCUGUAGUUCUGGUGUAUCUGAUCAUGAAGGUGCUGCCCAGAUGUCCAAUGCUGAUCCGAAAGAAAUGGCCAUAGCCUUAGAACAUCAACAAUCUAGAGCAGAGGCUAGACUAUAUGCCUUGAAUCAGAUAAGAGAGUUACUAUCAACACAGCAGGAACAACAAGACAAAUCGGAGAGCCAGCCUACAACAUUGACAACAUUGUUGUGUUCUGUACAUGUACAACUAUUGUCAGGAUGUUUCAGUUUUGGUUCAUGUUUUAAUUUCGGCUCAUCUUUAGACAUGCAUGUAGCUAAUCAAAAUGCACAGUUAUAUCACUACCAGGAUGAGAUCAAAUCAGCUAAGACUGAGACACAACAGGAAAUACAGUUAGCUGUCCACCAGAUUUAUGAAUUAUUAGUGAAAGAUCUAAUAAACACAGACAAAAUAGACAGUUAUAAUCCAGAUGUUAAAAAGAAACUACUGUUAUGGACGGGGUAUUCCUUGUCAAUGAAGUACUGUCCAUCAGACAUAUCAUUAGCAGUGUCUUGUGGACUCCUUCCAUUACUGUUUUCACUGAGUGGUGGAACUACACAUAUGUCCUAUAUAAUGCCCUCAGCUGACUGGAAACUACAGGAAGAUCAGUUGAGUUUGGUGUUACAGAUGUCCAGUGGAAACUUAAUGAGACUUAUUACAUUGACCGCUGGUGUAUAUGCUGACAAGCUAGGUAGUGGUGUUAUACAAGGAGUACUGGACUUAUUAUGGAGACAGCUUCAAAGUCUGUGUAAUGUUGAACAACAGAUGAUUAAGUGUAUAACUGCUAAAACGGAUUGUAACACAAAAUUUAGUCCGACUGUGCAAGGAGACUUUUUAUUGUUCCUGCAGAGAGUUGCAUCAACUAGAACCAUACAACAGCAUUUGUCAUCAAAACAGUGGAUAAAUAUGUUUCUUUCUAUAGCUGGCUAUGGUUUAGAGACCAACACUUACUAUAAACUUAGAACUAGACUUAUAGCUAUGAAUACUUUAGAAACAGUAUUGUCUUCUAUUACACUAGAAACAGAUAAAGAUUUCCUGAAACAAGUUGUUGAUGAUCUCUUCACCUUCCUGUCAAACAACAUGUGGAUAAUUCCUGAGAAAAUAGCUCAACAGGAAGUGAAUACCAAGAAAGAUCAGUUGUUAUGGAAACUUUCUGCCAUGGAUGGACAGGAAGAUUUGUCUGACAAAGGGGAGGUAAUUGAGACAAACAUCCAGGAUGCCAUGUUUGAUACAGACAAAUGUGUUAAUUGCACAGUGGAAGGAAAUAAUGUGUUGACUCAUAGCUCCUCAGGGAAAGGCUAUGGACUUGGAGUUACUGCCAUGAGAAAUGGAUGUUACAAAUGGAAGGUAUAUGUAAUGAAAGAAAACAGAGGAAAUGAAGGUACUUGUUUAGGUGUAGCUAAAUGGCCUGUCCAUGACUAUGCCCACAGAUCAACCCAUGAUAUGUGGUUAUAUAGAGCCUACAGUGGUAACAUUUAUCAUGGAGGAGAACACAGUCUUACUCUACCAUGUUAUACACAAGGGGAUUGUAUCACUGUUGUACUAGACAUGGAUGCUAGGACCUUAGCUUUUGCCAAAAAUGGAGAGGAUUUGAGAGUUGCCUUUGAAGACAUUGAUGCAUCAGAACUUUAUCCUUGUGUUAUGUUUUAUAGUGGAAAUCCAUGGGAAAAGGUGAGAAUGGGAGACAUGCAGAUGUGUGAAAGCUCUCAAGAACUCUUAGCAGGAGACCCUCAGUGUGCCCCAGCUACUGCUGUAAUGGUGGAGGCCAAUAUCUCUCUUAUUAGAACAUUACACAAAAAUGAAGUUUGGGCUGCACAUAUUUGUGAAAAAAUGCUUCAGCAGUUAGGCAAAGUAAAAGAACUUAUUAAACCACCAGCUAAAAGUCAGGAUAAUUCCAAAUCUGAUCUUGAAAGCAAAGAGACAGUGGAUGGUAUGGAGUUUGAAGACAAUGUUGAACUUACCACAGAGGAGGAAAAUGUGGAUUACAGUGAUGAUGAAACAAUUAAAGUUUUAUGUUAUGAGGUAUGGCCCAGUCUUGCUGUUAUAGGUGGUUUAGAUCCAGGAUUACGUGUUGGAGGAAGAUGUAUCCAUACCUCCACAUCAAAAAGAGGGUAUAUAAUGGGUAUGUCUAUAGAAGGAGCAACAACAGUCAAAGUCCAGUGGGAUGAUGGGGAUUCUGCAAGCAGUGAUGUUCUAAUAAGCAAGCUGAAACCAGUUGAUCCAGUUCUGUUUGAUGCCAAUCAUUUAGCUGGUUUCACAGCUGUUCACUUGGGUGCAAUAGUAAAACUGUUAUCCCUCCCAAGUAACCAAACAGGAAAACCAACUAAGGAUGUUAAUACUCAGACAACAGCAGAAAAAGAUUCAAAGACAAAAGAAGAAGAGAAGGCAGCAACAGAUGCAUUGAUGAAGAAACUAGACGAAGACAUAGCCAGGGUAAUAGAACAGGAAUUGGAAGAAGGUAAAGAAGAUCAUAAUGCUGAUAAAAGGAAAGCACCUUUGGUUUCACUGGAGACAUUAGAACUGGAGGACUGUAGUAUUGCUUCUUCUGUGUCUUCUCCCAGAGAGGAAAGUUCAGUGGAUGAGGAGAGGGAGCAGGAAUCUGCCUCUUACUCCCAUAAAUUACCUGCAGUGUCUCCACCAGAAGUAAGAGAAUCUGUUGAACAAACACACCCUAUAGAGGAACCAGAAAUACAGCCACCUUUGGAGCCAGAGGAUUUAUCAGAGAGCUGUGACUCAUUAGAAUCUGAAAUAUCAGAAAAAAAGGAGUUCCAAGCAUCUUUUGUUCAAGUCAGUGCUCUUAAGGCAUUAAAUAAUAUUAUCUGGACAAACAAGUUCUCAGAAAUGUUGUUGGUUCCAAAGUCAGAUCUGGCUGCUGAUAGUAACAAGGCAUUAAUUGAUGGCACUGUAGUUAGACGGAAUGAAGAUAUGAAGACCGUGCUGAGGAUGUUAAUGAAGAAGAUGGUGAAAGUUGCCUUGUGUACCUCCUUACUUAACAAAGUAUUUUCCUUGGCAGAGCUAGAGAGAGCCCAAACGGUACUGUACAGAUCAUUAAUAACUUGUACAGCAGAGGAGGAGUCUUGUAUUGGGGAUUUACAUGCCAAAGUAACAUUAUUGUCAAAAUCAAUAGAAGAACUAGAAAUUAAACCAGAACAGAUAAUAAACGAUAAUCCUCCUUCAACUAAAAGUUCUACAACAGACUUAGCUAACAGAGCAGAGGAGAUGAUCUCAGGAGAGAAUGAAGACACCAGAAAUAAUGGCAAUUCACAGACAUCUAUCCUUAAAUACUUGAGACGAGGACAAGAAAAUGCUGGUACAUUAUCAAGAAACCUGUUCAGCAGGAGAACAAGACGAGAACGACAUCCAGCAGGCAUCAUAUCAACAAGAGCAUCAAAUAACAUACAAGUACCACCACAAGCCCCUCCUUUGAGGACAGCUCCACCUCCUCAGAGGAGGCCACCACACCCACCAAUCAGGACAAGAUCUCCAUCUCCCCCUCCACCACCCAUAGCCACCCCUCUCCUGGAAAUGGGAUUCACUAUGCCGUCUAUUAAAAAGGCUAUUACUAAAACAGGUGUGAAUCCAUCUGAAGUGUCACUAUCAGGUAUUAAUACUGUAGCCAUGUGGAUACUAGAACACCCUAAUCAGGAGGAUAGUAGUGAAGAUCUGAGUAAACCUAAUUAUAGAUCUGAAAUCAGAAUAAGGAUGGACAGUCCAGUACAGGAAUCUGCUACUGAGUCAACUAGGCAGAGUAGACAGAUUGGUAGAAGGUCCAUGUCAAUUGAUGGUUUGAUGAGUGCUUCAGAUGAAACAAACCAGGAAGAAGAAUCUAGAAGCUCUUUAUUUACUAGACGUCCAAGACCUCUAACAAGGACUAGACAUGUAGAUAUCAGAAGUUUUCUGUCAAAUAUUCAUAAUGAAAGAGAGGCACAAAGAUCUGAACCACCAUUUCCUUCAAAUGAGGCUGUAUCUUUCUCAGACUUUCUGGAGAGACCAGAUAGUCUAGACACCUCUAAUGAAGCCAUGUCACUGGUAGGACUGUAUGAUGACAUUUUAGAUCUGCAGGAAGAGCUAUACAGAGAUCAUGAUACCAGUGAUUUGUUUGAUAUGGAACCAGAGGCUCUAGAUACGUGGGACCUCUUCAAUGUUUUAAGAAGAGAGAUUGAGGAACAGAGUACCAUCACAUGUGAAUUAUGUGGACAAGAGACUGUGAACUUUAAUAGACACAUGAGAUUAGAACAUCCUGGUUGUGGAGGAAGCUGUGGCAACCAUGGAUACAGAAGCAAUGGCGUUUAUGUGGAUGGAUGGUUUGGUGGAGUGUGUGGAUUUGGGAAUCCAUUUUUCCUGAUGUGUCAGAACUGUCGUGAUAGAUAUAUGCAAGCUAGUGGACAUAAUGAUCAGCCAUCACGUUCCCAAACCAAACCACCGACGGAUAAACAUGCUUAUUCUAGUGUCCAAGCUAAUAGGGCACCAGACCUUCUGGACAUAAUAGAUCAGGGCUAUGAUACUCCUUUUCCAUUCAAUGAACAUCACAAUGCAUCUAUGAGUGGAUAUGACAAUGUGAUGAGCAGACUAGGACUGACAGACAGGAAACCAGCACCAGAUCCUAUCAGAUUUACUGAGAAUGAUCCACUGGGUUCCAAACUGAUGCUCAAUUCUAAAACUAAUGCCACUACUGCUAUUGAAUCAUUAACUACUCCCAAGAAACCAAGUAGACUUGACAUUAGACAGAAACCGUUAGCAGAGCAGGCAGCCAAUAUAAAGAACUCUGUAGACAGACAGAUAGCCCUGAAAAGGGUAACAUCAUCUAUGAUGGUUAUGCUAGCCAGGAGUAUGGUUGUUAAAGUACUGUCUGUAUUGGCAGGCAGUGGUCCUUCCUGUAGUUUGCCAGCUGCCCUAGAGAACAUUGGUCUAUCUGAUGUUAUGUUGAUUGUACAGAUGAUGUGUUUGUGUGCCACAGGAAAAAUAAUGUAUACAUCAAACCUGUCCUCCCCAAGAGAUGCUAAUGAGAGUUUGUCACACUUGACUACUAGCAUUGGAGCAUUAGUACAGGAAAAUACUUCAGCAUUGAAGCAGUUGAUUCAGCUUUGCACACAGGAAUUACUUGGUGCAGCCAUGGGUGUCUCUUCUAAGAGUGAUAUGAUUGUGAGGAAGAAGUCCAAAGUAUUGACAAAAGUCACAGAAUCUUCAACAUUUGCUGUAACUCAGGCAUUGGUUUCACUUCUUACACAGAAAGGAUGGACAUCAAAAAUGGUCAGGUCCCUUUCUGGAGCAAGAUUAUUAAGAGAUGCCCCUCCUUCACCAGAAGCAGGGUCACUACCACCUAGUCCAACAUCUAACUUCCCAACAUCAGAUGAUGUAUCACCUCUUCAGCUUAUUAAUGCUUUAUCAGCAUGUAUAUUAUCAACAAAAUUAUUAGCUCAUCAUAAACAAUGGGCUGCCAAACAUCUCCUACAAUCCCUAUCUACACAGGUGAUCAUCCCCCAGGGACUGGAGAAUCAGGCUGAUCUUGGUGGAGACCUCCCACAUUGUCAGGUGUCAAAAUUGGAAGCUCACCAAAACAGACUGGCUAUUUGUAAAUGGAGUAACAAGAAGAAUCUGUUAGCUACAAGUGGAUAUGAUGGAACUGUAAGAUUUUGGAACUUGCCAAACAGAAUCCAUCAGUUUUUACAACACACCUGCAUAUUCAACAGAGGGGAGGAUAUAUCUGGGGAAGAUUUAGAUGGUCAUUUACUAGAUAAUGUCGGCUGGAGCAGUACUGGAAAGUUACUAGCUGGGUCUAUGGAUAGUUUAGUCAAUAUCUGGACUACUGGAGGUGGACGAGGAUAUUUAGAUGUACAACCACACUGGGUGACUGCCCUGGCAUGGCCUCAACAUAAAGGUGUCAUUGGAGGCUGUCUUGGUUUAACCACAGACAGUUUAUUAGUUGGGCGUCUAGACGGCUCCUUAGCUUAUAUAGAUAUUCUGGAUACCAGUAGCUUUAGAAGACAAGAAUUAGAACAGUGCUAUAGAAGAAAUGUGUCAGUCACAAAACUAGCCUGGUUUGAUGAGGAUAAAAAUUUUGCUGUUGCCUACAGUGAUGGAGUAGUCUCCCUUUGCAGUAAGCUAGAUAUAGAGCAGCCUGUGACAACAGAGGCUCAUCAGAGUUCCAUAUCCAGUCUGAAGUGGGAUCCCACUGGUCACAUUCUUGCAACAUGUGCUGAUGGUGACCUGAAUAUCAAACUAUGGUUUCCACAAAGGGAGGGGUUAAUAUUGUUGUAUGUACUUCCCCAUACUACUCCUGCAGGAACAUUGGAAUGGUGUAAUAUGCUUGGCAAGGGAGAUAGUAAACAGCUCAUGUUAGCAAGUGGAAGUGAUAUUGGUUGUGUGAAUAUCUGGGCAGUCAAACAGAUAAUGAAUAGUGACAUCAACCUUUCCCCAUUCAGAGGAAGAAGACAGGAACAAACAGAAAAUGGAGAAUACGAUGGUCAUGAGGAGAUAACUCUGUCACCUGUAGUAUCACUGUAUGGACACAUUACAGGAAUAACAGCUCUAUCCUUCAGUCCUAAUGGUAUGAUGUUAUCAUCAGGAUGCACUAGAGGAUGGUUAAAUAUUUGGUCUCUUCCUGAUGGCUGUUUAUUGCAAACCCAUAUAGAGAAUGGCAGCGUUAAUGAUCUUAGCUGGUAUGCUGAUUUUGGAUUAGCUGCUUGUUUUAAUAGAGUAAAGGAUGUUGUUCUGUUACAUUAUUUACCGGAGACAUACUUAAAAUACAAAGCACAGGCUAUUGCUAGGAAGUCACUUAAACAGCAAGGCAUUGUGGGAUUGAGUCAAGCACCAUGUCUUCAAGGUCUGCUCCAAUGUCUUCCAAAUAUUCUGCAAGACCAGUAUUUGCAUGAAAAGGCAAUUGUUGUAUCUGGACAGCAGUUAGUUCAUAGUCCAUUCUUACAGCAUCUAGCAGUAUUAGCAGUUGGACUAAAUUUAGAAAAAGCUUUAUGUUACAGUCCUGUUCCCCCUCACCAUUGCCAGAAUGUGAACAAUAUAGAAAGACUUGUUCCAGAGUGGCAAUGGUUACUGUCUUUUUCAACUGCUCUAAAAUCUACAGAAGCAUUAACAAAGAGAACACAAUUCCCAGAAUCCUUUAAGUUGUUAAACAGAGAAAUGACAGAAAGAAGACCUGAAAUUCUGGACAACGUGAAAUGGGAUUUGAAUAUGGAUACUCAGAUAAUGGUUUGGGCUAUGCAGAGACCAGAAGAUUGGCAGCUUGGAGGGAAGUGUGAGGCCUAUCUGUGGGGUAAUGGUAGACAUGGUCAGAUAUGUGAAGGAGGAAGAGCUUCCUUUGUACCUACAAAAGUACCAACAUUUUCUUGUGCUCAGCAGAUUAUAUGUGGACAGAACUGUACCUUUGUAGUACAAAGUAGUGGGACAGUGUUAGCUUGUGGAGAAGGAAGUUAUGGUAGACUAGGACAGGGUAACUCAGAUGACCACCACACAUUAACAGUUAUAUCAUCCAUACAAGGUUUUGUGGUGACAAAUUUGUGUUCCUCAGUGGGAUCAGAUGGUCACAGUUUGGCUCUGACAGAAAGUGGAGAAGUAUUCAGCUGGGGAGAUGGUGAUUAUGGUAAACUAGGUCAUGGUAAUAGUGAUAGACAGAGGAGACCUAGACAGAUUGAGGCUCUACAAGGGGAAGAAAUAGUUCAACUUUCCUGUGGAUUUAAACACAGUUCUGUUGUAACAUCCGAUGGUAAACUGUUUACUUUUGGUAAUGGUGACUAUGGCAGACUGGGACAUGGGUCAACAUCUAACAAGAAAAUACCAGAAAGAGUUAUGGGACUUGAUGGUCACCCAGUUGGUUAUGUUGCUUGUGGUUUGAACCAUACCCUUUGUGUGUCUACUGAUGGUGCUACAGUUUGGUCCUUUGGGGAUGGAGAUUAUGGUAAACUUGGAUUGGGUAAUACGUCUGGUAAACUGGUACCAACAAAGAUAGAGGCUUUACAGGGACAGUUUAUCAAAAAAGUAGCUUGUGGUGCUCAGUUUUCUGUUGCCUUGACUAAAGAUGGAAGAGUGUUUACAUGGGGACAAGAUCGCUUGAUUGGCCAACCAGAUAUACGAGCAAGAAGUUGUACAAGACCUCAGGAAGUACCAUCAUUGGCAGGAUAUUAUAUUGAAGAUGUGGUUUGCGGGUCAGAUCACACCUUAGCGCUAACCAGUGGUGGAGAUGUAUGGGCCUGGGGUAACAAUAAUGAAGGCCAAUUGGGACUAGGUCACACUAAUUCACCUGUCAGAGAACCUCAACUGGUACCUUGUUUAACUGGCAAAAAUAUCAAACAGAUAUCUGCAGGUAGGACACAUAGUGGUGCCUGGACAGCUGUACCUGCUUUACCUAGAGUACCUGGGGUACCAGUCUCAUUACAGUUAGGGUUACCAGAUAGUGUUCCUACUCAGUUUGGUAGUCUGAAGGGGAUCAACUUAGAGGAGGUUCAAGGCAGACUGAAACUGCUUCAUCACUUCUCAGAUCUGAUUUAUACAUCAUGGAGAUUGCUACCUCUUACUACUCUAUCAAAUGAACUAAACAGAUAUGAUGCUGGAAUGGAGGGUAUAAUUGAUGGUAGACUAAGAAUGUUGUUAUCUCCAAGAGUGUAUACAUUACCAAUGGUUAGAGCUAUAGGUAAAACUAUGGUUCAGGGCAAGAACUAUGGUCCACAGAUAACAGUCAGAAGGCUCUCUACAAGAGGGAAGAAAUGUAAACCAGUUUACACACAGAUAGGACAACAGGUUGUGAAGUUAAGACAGGAAGACUUACGGUUACCAGCUAGAGCUUGGAAGGUUAAGUUAAUAGGUGAAGGAGCAGAUGAUGCUGGGGGCGUGUUUGAUGAUACAAUCACAGAAAUGUGUCAGGAAUUAGAGACUGGAGUGGUACCCUAUCUGAUUCCAACACCAAAUUGUUUGAAUGAGUCUGGCAAUAACAGAGAUAGGUUCCUUUUAAAUCCAUCACUGAAUUCAGAGGAAGAUCUAGCUAUGUUUAGAUUUAUGGGCAUCUUGUUUGGUGUUGCAGUUAGAACUAAGAAACCAUUAGAUCUACAUUUAGCACCAAGUGUUUGGAAACUUUUAGUGGGAAUACCUCUAAGAAUUGAAGAUUUAGAAGAGGUCGACCACAUCUAUAUUCAGAGUUUAAAGGGGAUUAUUGAUAUACAUGAAAGUGGAGUCAAUGAAACAAACUUCCAUGAGUUUAUCCCACUAGAUUCGUUUGAAGGACAGAGUGUUACAGGACAGCUAGUCCCAGUGAUACCUGGUGGCAGGACUAUACAACUCACAUUCAACAACAGGAAGGAAUAUGUAGAGUCUGUUUUUAAUUAUAGACUUCGUGAAAUGAAUCAGCAGGCAGCAGCUGUGAGGGAAGGUAUGUCCUGGAUAAUACCUGUACCUCUACUUACAUUGUUGACACCCAAAAAUCUGGAACAGCUGGUCUGUGGUAUGGAGGAAAUGAGUGUGGAUGUACUAAGAAAAGUCACUAGAUACAGAGGUAUAGAUGAGAAGUUAGAUGUUAUCACUUGGUUCUGGGAAGUUUUAGAAUCUUUCUCCAAUGAUGAGAGAAUUCAGUUCCUUAGAUUUGUGUCUGGUAGAACCAGACUUCCUGCCAAUCCUGCAGACAUUUCACAAAGGUUUCAAAUUAUGAUGUCAGAUAGGGGACCAGAAGGUUUACCAACAGCCCAGACAUGUUUCUUUCAGCUUAAGUUACCUAUAUAUUCCAGUAAAGAGAUGUUAGCAGAGAAACUUAGAUAUGCCAUCAUUAACUGUCGGUCUAUAGAUAUGGACAAUUAUAUGUUGGCUAGGAAUGCUGACAAUGAUCAUCUCUCAGAUGAAGAAGUUAUUAUAUGACAAUGUGUGCUACUUAAGAAGUCUUAUUUGUUAUUUUAUUCUGAGUACUCAUGUUAUUGUGAUUUUGAUGUCCAAAACACUGAUUAUAUCUUGUUUGCUGUAAAUUGAUCAAAUGUAAACUUGAUUUCCUUCAUUUCAAGUCAUUGAAUGUUAUUUUGGUCUUUGUUCAGACAUUUGUUUGUAUUACACACUGUUACAUUACAAUUGUGUUUAUAACUUUCAGGUGACACUGAAAUAAAAUAUUGUCUGUCAUUUAAAAAAAUUGAAACACUUAUGAUGUAUGAUGUUUCACAAUAAAUAUUUACAUUAUGUCAUUAAUUUUAAAUUUUGAUUUUUUGGGGGAUUAAAAACUUUCAUUUUUUGUUUUGGAUGAUUAUUUGUUCAUGUGUUCAUAUAUAUCUAUAACAAGAAUACUCAAUGCAUCUUCCAACUGCAAUACAAAAUCAAUUAGGUAUGUUUAAUCACUUAAUUUAAUAAAUGUAAAAUGCAAUUUUUAAACAUUUCUGAAUAAUAUUAGAUUUUUUAACCAUAUUUGAUAAAAUGAUAUUUUCAUUUUUGAUGGACCACAUUUCCCCAAUAAAGCCAUAGAAAAUGGAUUAUCAAAGGCAGACUAACUUUAUAUACAUUUCAAUAUUACACUUAUUUGACCAAAUUUAUUUUGGACUUGAUUUGUUAGAUUUGUAAUUUUAUAAUUUUAUUAUGUUUGUAAUUUAAUUUUAAUUUCCAGUUAAUUGUGAUGAGAGUACUUGUAAUUUAUUGUUAUGCAUGUUAUUUUUUUUGAGUGACAGUUUGUUUUGAAAUGUUUUUUAUUUCAGUACAAGACACAUUUUUACAUUGGAAUGGAAUGGUACAUAAAGAUUUUUUUUUUUGGGGGGGGGGGGGGGGGGUAGGAUUAAUGAGGUUGUUUCAGUAGAAAAGGAAAGAUGUUAAACAAUUCAAAUGUAAGUUCUUUUAAAUUAAUUCAUGUAUGAUAAAACAUGUAGUAAUUAUGUAUUUAACUUUCAGCAAUAUUUGACUAGGUAUCGUAAGGUGUUUUUGCCUUUCUUUAUUAUUAUCGAUGUAAUUGAAUUAGGUUUUUCUUUUUUUUAUUUUAAUUGUACAAUAAUUUUUUGUUACACUAUUUAAGCUGUUAAGGCAUAACUUUAGUACUCUUAAAACUGAAUAAAUCCCACCAAAUGUUUAUAACCAUCGAAAGUCAAGAAUAUUAUCAAUGGUGGUGGCUUCCUGUUAUUUUUUUUUCAUUUCUCUAUGAGGAAUAGGGUGUUGAUGUCAAAUUUUCAGCUGUAUGCUGAAAUCAUUCACAGCUUGGUUUUGAGAAGAUUUAAAAGUUGCCAAAUGAUGUGGACAUGAACACCAUGCUUGCAAUGAUUUCACAGUGUAAAAAGUUAUGAAAUGUUAUAUAAACCACAUGUUAUGUCAUGUGAGAUAGAUACAAUGUUUUAUUCAACUACACGUGGGAUAGUUUAAUUUACCAACUUGACAUUACGUGAAAGAUAGAAGAGAAUGUAGCAGUUUACAAAACUUUAGAAAAUAUUUAUAUCCUUAAGCGUUUAUAUUGAAGCUUUCCAAUAACAAUAAGCAUUGCAGGUCAAUGUAAUUGUGGAAAGUUGAACACUGUUGAUAUUUAAAAUUUGAUUUGAUACUCUCAUAUAUAGAUAAAUAAGUAUUUAUUAAAUGAAAGAUUGAUAUUUAACUUUUGUGUUUUGCUAUUUCUUGAUUAACUGUGAUUUGUAUGAGUGUGUUGUGGAAUAACAAGUAAAAUGAUGAAUGUGA